UUUUAAAAUCGUAAGCAAUAUGGGUACAUGAAACUCUAAGAAGCAGAGAAAAAAGUCUUGCAUUAUAUCCAUCUCUAAUUUUGAGGCACAAACAGUUACAGUGAGGAGCAACUCUCCUCGAAAUUCUAAACAUUCAGAAAAGACUGAGAUUUCUCUCUAUCGCUCCUCCAAAAAGCCAGUUUUGAGGAAGGAUUAUUCUGAUGCAGCUCUGCAAAAUUUUAUUGAUAGAAGUCCUCGGAGAAGCUCUAGGCGUAGUUUGAGUUCUCAACCGAGGCAAAUGCUACAGGUCUUCAAUAAAGACGGGUGCAAGGUAAUUACCAAUUUUAAGUGAGCUAAAUGUAAAGCUCACCCAGAAAAUUCCUAUCUAACUAAGUGCUGAGAUACGGUAAUCUGACAAGAAUGAUAUACUAAGGUUACGAAAUGCCCUUUCUACUGUAACAGAAAGCUGAGGAAGAGGAAGCAGUCAGUGCAAGACCUGUUGAAGACCAUUGAGUAAGCC